AUGAAAAACCCAGUCCUGGAGGAGAAAAAUGAAAAAGGACAAUAUAUAUCUCCAUUUCAUGAUAUUCCAAUUUAUUCGGAUAAGGAUGUGUUCCACAUGGUGGUUGAAGUGCCACGUUGGUCUAAUGCAAAAAUGGAGAUUGCUACAAAGGAUCCUUUAAACCCAAUUAAACAAGAUGUGAAAAAAGGAAAACUCCGCUAUGUUGCGAAUUUGUUUCCUUAUAAAGGAUACAUCUGGAACUAUGGUGCCAUUCCUCAGACUUGGGAAGAUCCAGGACACAAUGACAAGCAUACUGGCUGUUGUGGCGACAAUGACCCGAUUGAUGUGUGUGAAAUUGGAAGCAAGGUUUGUGCAAGAGGUGAAAUCAUUGGGGUGAAAGUUCUGGGCAUACUGGCCAUGAUUGACGAAGGGGAAACCGACUGGAAAGUCAUUGCCAUUAAUGUGGACGAUCCUGAUGCCGCCAAUUAUAACGAUAUUAAUGAUGUUAAACCCCUGAAACCUGGCUACCUAGAAGCUACUGUGGACUGGUUUAGAAGGUACAAGGUUCCUGAUGGAAAACCAGAAAAUGAGUUUGCUUUCAAUGCAGAAUUUAAAGAUAAGGACUUUGCUGUUGAUAUUAUUAAAAGCACUCAUGACUAUUGGAAAGCAUUGGUGACUAAGAAAACAGAUGGAAAAGGAAUCAGUUGCAUGAAUACAACAGUGGCUGAGAGCCCCUUCAAAUGUGAUCCUGAUGCUGCCAAAGCUAUUGUGGAUGCUUUACCACCACCAUGCGAAUCUGCCUGCACAGUACCAACUGAUGUGGAUAAGUGGUUCCAUAACCAGAAAAACUGAGGUGAUUCCUCUGGAAUACAAGCUGAUAUUGCUGCAUCUUACUCAUCUGGAAAUACUAGAUGCAAAAGUAGUAGCCUGACAAAGCUUUAAGUUUAUAGAACUUCUCUAACUAAAGCAAAUUCUGCCGUGACCAGUCUGAUAUAUUCAGAAUGUUACCUGUCUAAGAGCAUUUUUUGUAUCUCAACUGAGGUAACUAGUACAUGCUAAAAUAUCAAAGCAGUUGUAAUUUGGAAGUCAUUUGUGAAUAGAUGUGCAAACUGAGCACAUAUUAUUGGAUGUAUAUGUUUACUGUGAGUUAGAAAAUAAAAUUAUUUUGCUGAAA